AUGUCGCAGAUGCCGCAGCAGAUGUCGCAGCAGCAACAACAGCAACAACAGCAACAACAACAGCAGCAGCAGCAGCAUCAGACGCCGUCCCAGCAAAAUCAACACAGCCCGCUUCACAGUAGCCAGCAACACCAACACCAUGAUGGCUCGCAUGGCAAUCAGCUUCACCAGCACCAGCACCAGCAGCAGUCGCAGCAGCCACACCAACGUCGCUAUACCACGGGCGCUGCCCCUUCCUCCGCCGGCCAUGUCUCGCUUCCGGUAACAGCCGCGUCCAUGGCGGCCUCCAUGGGCACAAUGGCAUUCCCUUCAGCCCUCCAGCACAUGAACCCAAUGCUGGCCAACUGGAUCAACCUCAACACCAACACGGACACCGGUGCUAACGGCAAUAACACGACCAACAAUAGCGCCUUCCUCCAGGAUCCCACCUAUGGCUUCACCGAGUAUGGCGCAGCCCUGCAACAGUCGCCCGUCGAGUUCAACCUCAACGCGUCGGCUGCCAUGAUGACGAGCAUGAGCAUGGCACCGCUCAGCUUCAUGCCCACCACCCUGCCCUUCACCAUGGGCGACUUCCACACCGACUUUGGCGCCAUGCCCACUGGCACCACCGCCGACUUUGGCCCUCACACGGCCACCAACAGCGUCUCCACCGGUGGCUCCCCAGGCGAGCAGUGGAUGGAGAUCCGCUCGCUCUCGAGUAGCGACAACGGCUGGGUCGACGUGGGCGUCAAUCACCGCAGCUCGUACGACUUCUCCGACACGUCGGCCAUUGUCUUCAACCCAGCCCAGUCGCUGCACAUUCGCACCAACUCGGACUCGUCCACGUCGAACCACUCGGAUCUGCCGCGUUCGGCCAAUUCGAUCGGCAGCUUCGAGGAAAUUCACUACCCGCUGCACUCGCCCCAGUCAGAGACGGACAACACCCUCGAGCUCGUCUCGUCGCACUACUCCCACACCCACUCGGACAGCUGCCACCACACCCACGGCCUGGCCAUGGCCGACCACGACUUCGCCACCUACAUCUCCCCCAACCAGUCCGUCAGCCCGCCCAUGGCCCGCGUCGAGCCGAUGCCCAUCAAGCAGUCGUCAUCGAGCACCGCUUCGCCCACCUCGUCGGCCGUAAGCUCGCCGCCUGCCCGCCGCCGCAAGUCGCCCGCCGGCGCCGGCGCAAAGCCCGCCAAGACGAUUGUCAAGAAGACGGCUGCCCACAGUACCAAAAAGGACGUCACGGGCGAGAAGCGGGUGGGCAGACGGCGGGGUCCUCUUCGUCCUGACCAGCGCCAGCAGGCCCACGAGAUCCGCAAGCUGCGCGCCUGCCUCCGUUGCAAGUUCCUCAAGAAGACGUGCGACAAGGGCGACCCAUGUGCUGGCUGUCAGCCGUCGCAUGCCCGCCUGUGGCAGGUCCCUUGCACGCGCAUCGACAUCAAGGAUAUUGCCUACUUCAUGAAGGACUGGAAGGCCGACUACGAGCGUCAUGUCAGCCUCGGCUUUUCCAUUGGCAACAUCAAGGGUUUCGCCUCGCAGGAGCGCAUGAUCUACGUCACGCACGGCUACGGCCACUACCUACCCAUCAUGGCCCGUGAGGUCUACGUCCGCGACGAAAAGUGCUUUGGUGUCGACUGGCACGAGACGCUCAACGGCCUUCACUUUGAGAUCAACACGGCCAAGCUCUCGGCCGGCAUGGAAGGCAUCUCGCGCGCCAUGCUCUCCGAUUACCUCGACCGUCACAUUGACGGCGGCUUUGAGCAAUUCGUCGACGAGUACUUUGAGGGCACCUUCUUCGUCACCGAGCUGCUGAAGACGGCCUACCGCUUCUACUGCCGUGAGAAGCUUCCCGUCAUCCGCAAGGCGCUCAAGCUCGUGCUCGCCUACAACCUUACCCUCCAUGUGACCAUGGUCGAGGGCAUUGGUGAGGACGACAACACACCUGGCAAGGUGGAGGACCAGCAGUCCAAGUUUUGCGGCAAGACUGUCGCCCCCGUCAUGAUCAACUUCCAGGUCAAGUGUGCCCUGGCCGACAUGUGGCGUGAGUUGCAAAAGGACGUUCUCGAGGAGCUCUCCUCGUUGUAUCAGUCCGUCUACAGCGGCGACAAACUGAAGAACUGGCCCACCAUCUUCAUGCUGGCUGCUAUUCUUUUGGCCGUCUGGGAGCUGAUCCAGUUUGACUGCAAUUACCGUGUCCCAGACGUCGGCGCCGUCAACAAGUUCUGCUCCGAGAUGGAAGGUACACCGGUCGGUGUCAUCGUUGGCCUAUUCUCGGCCAUCUCACAGAAGCUCCCAGUCUUCACGGAAUGGGAUACCCGCAAGCACCACCAGCUGCUCAACUCCAACCCCGCAGUCUGCGACGCCAUGACUGAAGUUCGCGCACACGUGACUAAAUAUGAAACGUACCUACGUUCUAGGAGUGAUUGCAAGUUCGACCGUCAAGAUUUUGACUCGUUGUCGAACAAGUUUCUCUCCAAGCUCCUUGCUUCCACGACACCCCCCCACGAUUAUUGA